ACUCAGUCGACUGUUUCCGCACCAAGCAUUCAAAUUGGCGUGGGUCUUCAUCACUUUGCCAUUCAUCCUUCUUUUGCUUUCUGUAUAUCAAAAAUUGCCCUCAAUUGAAGCAAAUAUGUUUACUGGAUCGAUAUCCUGAAUUCGUGUUCAGCCCAACAUUCUUAAUGUCCAGAGAACACAGAAUACUGGUUGUCAUGUCAGAGAAUUGGGCUUCUCAACGAACAGGUUGAGGUUAAGUACAAUAAGAUCAGGAAUGUCUGAGAAGGCUAGUAUGUCAAUCGUUCACGAAAACUGUAGACGUGAUCUCCCAUUAGUGAAGAUGUGUGGAAUAACAUCAGCUAGAGAUGCUGCUAUGGCUGCAGAAGCAGGUGCAAAUCUUAUUGGAAUGAUCAUGUGGCCCAAUUCAAAACGUUCAGUGUCACUCUCUGUUGCCAAAGAGAUAUCAAAAGUUGCAAAGGAAUAUGGGGCAGAGGCUGUUGGUGUAUUUGUAGAUGACGACGCAGACACGAUACUAAGGGCGUCUGAUGCAGCAAAACUUGACCUCCUGCAGCUUCAUGGAAAUUGUUCAAGAGAGGCUUUUUCGAUUCUGCAGCAAGAAAGAAGAAUAAUCUAUGUACUCCAUGCUAAUGAAGAAGGCGACCUUCUAAAUCAGAUUACUGAUGAAGAUUGUUCUUUAGCCGAUUGGAUCCUGGUCGAUUCCGCCAAAGGUGGCAGUGGCAAAGGAUUCGAUUGGUCAAAGUUUAAGCUACCACAUAUUACAAGCAAACAUGGGUGGCUUUUAGCUGGAGGGAUUCAUCCAGAGAAUGUUUGUGACGCCCUUGGUUCCCUUCAACCACAUGGAAUUGAUGUGAGCAGUGGCAUUUGCGGUUCUGAUGGCAUCCAAAAGGAUCCAUCUCGGAUGUCAUCAUUUAUGUCUGCAGUAAAUUCCGUGAGAUAUCGGUCUCACCCAGAGAUCCAGUAGUGAUAUAUCUCGAUUUCAUUGCAAAUCAAUAAGGGUGUCAACAGUCUGAGGUUUAAGAUAGUUCAUUAGUGACGAGCUUCUAACGCAAUUGGGGCACAAAUAUGGCCAUGUGUUGUUGUACGUUUCCUUUUGGGAAUUUCCUGUAGUUUUGGAAACAUACGAGUGAAGUCAUUUUCCUUCACCACAUUGAUGCAUUACUACUAUCUGAAGAAUAUUUGCGCGGCCAGCAAGCUAAGCUAACUGAAGGCUUAUCCUUCUUGGGAUAAGCAGAAAGCUAAGCUAAAGAAUAUUUGGUUGGGAUAAAAUGCCAAGUUUGUAUGUAGUUUAACCUUCUUGGGUUCCCUCAUUCAGUCAUUUGUACUGUUUUGUACUACUAUUUUAUACUUGCUAGACUUGCAAAAACAUUUGAAAUGUCUGGGCAUUUUUUGUAUUAGCUCCAUCUUUUUUAAACACCUGAAC